CCGAGAAGUAGGUUGUUGGCCAGGUGGCCACUCAGUCCACCUCCAGGCUCCAGCUACCUGGGAGACUGGCCUUCCCAUUGGCUGGGCCCUCUGUCGGCCCAGCUUUGUGGGCUCCAAUUGGCUAGCAGCGAGGCCGGAGGCGGAGCUCCUCAUCUGCCGGCUUGUGGCACGUGCUCCCCACGCGGGAGCCUGCCCGCCCGUGAAAAAGGGCGCGGGUGGCGCCAGAACGUGCCCCCUGUCCCCUCGGGUCUUCGUUUCCCGCUAUGACUUCCCAGGCCAGUGCAGCCCCAGGCGCUGACGACGGUGGCCGCAGGAAGCCCCGCCUGGCGGCGUCUUUGAAGAUGAACCCGGGACCCAGUCCCUGGAGGCCCUCGGCCAGCCUGGGUCAAGACCCCUGGGAGGCCGGGCCCGCCCGCAACUCAGAGGACGAUGAGCAAGGCCCAGGCGGGCAGCUCCAGGCCUCGGCGGCAGCGGGGGAUGGGCCCGCCGAGGACUUCCCAACGGCAGCCAGACGGCUGGACCUGCAGCUCAAAAACCCGCCGCCCAGCCAGGCCGUGACCCUGCUUACUGAGUACGCGGCGAGUCUGGGCGUCUCUCUGAUCUUUCGAGAGGACCAAACAGCAGACCCCUGCCUCCCCUUCUCUGUGCGCGUGGAGCUGGAUGGGGUGGUCUGCCCUGCGGGCACUGCCAAUAGUAAGCUGGAGGCCAAGCAGCAGGCGGCGCUCUCUGCCCUCCAGUACAUCCAGCAGCGGCUAGAGAACCCAGAGCCCACGACGACCCCUGGCCAGCCUCCCCUCACCCCUCUCAGCGUAGAGAACAUCCUGACUCAUGAGCAACGCUGCGCGGCCGUAGUCAGCGCCGGCUUUGACCGCCUGGUGGACGCCAGCUCGCCGUACCGAGCCUGCAAGGGGACUGUGGCUGCCGUCAUCCUGGAGCGAGAGGUCCCUGGUGCCAGGGGCCACGUCAAGGAGAUCUACCAGCUGGUGGCACUGGGCACCGGUGACAGCAGCUGUGCGGGGCGCCUGGACUUCUCGGGCCGGCAGCUCCAUGACUGCCAUGGGCUCGUGGUGGCCCGCCGGGCACUGCUGAGGUUCCUGUUCCGGCAGCUCCUGCUGGCCACGCAGGGGGGCCCCAAGGGCCAGGAGCGGUCGGUGCUGGCCCCCCAGCCGGGGCCCGGGCCCCCCUUCGCCCUCAAGCCCCGGAUCUUCCUGCACCUGUUCGUCAGCAGCACCCCUAAGGGAGCCGCCCACGACAUCUACCUCCCGCUGUCCUCGGAGGGCAGCCUCCGCCACAGCCCCCCGGCCCGCCUGCAGGCCCAUGUCCGGGGGGAGCUGAAGCCCGUGUGCUACGUGGCCCCUGCGCUCCGGGACACCCACGUGAGCUGCCUCUCGGCCAGUGACAAGCUGGCCCGCUGGGUUGUGCUGGGGCUCGGUGGCGCCCUGCUGGCGCACUUCCUGCCCCCGCUCUACGCCACCAGCCUGGUCCUGGCCGACCCCUGCCAUGACCCCCCGUCUGUGAGCAGGGCCAUCCACGGCCGGCCCAGCCUAGACAAGGUCUUGGGACCGUGUCUGCCUCCUCCCUACACCCGGACCACACUGCACCUGUUCACGGGGCCCUCGGUGGCUCCCUCUGACCCCAACUCCAACACCUGCCACGGCCUGAGCCUCAACUGGAGCCUGGGGGACCCUGAUGUCGAGGUGGUGGACGUGGCCACUGGGCGUGUGAAGGCUGAGGCUGCUCCCAGGCCUCCCUCCCGCCUCUGCAAGGCUGCCUUUCUCUGGGCUUUCCGCCAGGCUGCCCGGGCUCUCGGGAGGCCCCACCUCCUGGCCUUGAAGACCUACGAGGCAGCCAAGGCCGGGCCCUACCAGGAGGCUCGCCGGCAGCUGUCUCUCCUCCUGGACCAGCAGGGCCUGGGGGCUUGGCCCUCAAAACCAUUGGUGGGCAAGUUCAGAAACUGAAACAGACUUCUGGGGGCCGAGGUGCCUGGGCCGAGGGGGUCUCUGCUGGAGGAAGCUGCUGUGGGGGCGGAGGAUAGGAAUGCGCUGGCAGGAGGGGUGGGGCUGCGGCAUGUUGGGCCUGGAAUAAAGAAGCUCUUUCUGGUG